AGAGGAUGAUGUAAUUUCUCAAACAUCAUUUUCGAAACUUUGUUUUUGUUUUCUUUGUUUAGGUUUUCUUCUCCUCGUGUUAUUAUUCAAACAUAACCUGUUCUCCUCGGUCUUCCACAAAAUAUAAUAAUAAUUCAGCUGAUCUAUAGAGCUUUUAGGUUCUUCCAAGAAACUGAAUAUUGAAGGAAGGCCUUGAUGAGUUUGGAUUUUCGUAGUUGUCCCUUGUUUACGAUUCUCGUUGUUUGACAAUGCAAUGGCUCUUCAGGGGAUGUCAUGAUUUGUGGAAAAAUCUUUCGGACAAAACCUGUUUGAAUGUCCCACCUUUUUGUCUGAACAUCUUCUCAUUGUCACGGCUCUAGUUCGAAAUGUCUCUCGGCCAAGAACAUGACAAUCCUUUUGAAGUUUCUGGGUCGCAUGCUUGCUUAUAUGACCUGUUAUGUUUAGAGACACCAAACGAGCCUUUUCAAAAUGAUUUAGAGACAUCUUCUUCUGAUCCCAGAGAUCGGUUAGAGAAGUUGCUGAAACAACCUGCGAAUAAAUAUUGUGCUGACUGUGGAUCUCCUGAACCUAAAUGGGUAUCGUUAAGUCUCGGUGUGUUCAUCUGCAUAAAAUGUUCUGGUGUACACAGAAGCCUUGGAGUUCAUAUAACAAAGGUUUUAUCAGUUAAGCUAGAUGAUUGGACAGAUGAUCAAGUUGAUAUGCUCGCGGAGUACGGUGGAAACACUGUAGUGAACCAGAGAUUCGAAGCUUGCAACAUCGACCAUUUAAAGAAACCCAAACCUGAUUCCAAUAAUGAUGAACGCAAUGAUUUCAUCAGGAAAAAGUAUGAAAUGCACCAGUUUAUGGAUCCAAAAGAUUGUGCUUUGUGCCCUUAUCAACAGCCUAGCAAGACAAAUGAUUCAACACCGUCUUUGUGUUCUGCUAACCACCGUUCUACGAAAAACCGAAUUGGUAAUGCAUUUAGGAAUAGCUGGGGAAGAAGAGAAUCUGAUCACAAAGUCCACAAGAAGAGCAAUUCUCUGGCAGGCAUGAUUGAGUUUGUCGGAUUGAUUAAGGUUAAUGUGGUUAAAGGAACAAACCUAGCUGUCCGAGAUGUGAUGACAAGUGAUCCUUAUGUUAUCCUUACUCUUGGCCAACAAUCGGUCAAGACAAGAGUGAUAAAGAACAACUUGAAUCCUGUGUGGAAUGAGACCCUGAUGCUUUCUAUACCUGAGCAGAUGCCUCCUCUCAAAGUGCUAGUAUACGACAAGGAUACGUUCUCAACAGAUGAUUUCAUGGGGGAAGCAGAGAUAGACAUACAGCCACUGGUGAGUGCAGCGAAAGCUUACGAGACAUCGAGCAUUAAAGAGCCGAUGCAGCUGGGGAGUUGGGUGGCGAGCAAAGAGAACACGUUGGUGAGCGAUGGGAUAAUCUCACAGGAAGAAGGGAAAGUGAAACAAGACAUAUCACUCAGGCUUCAAAAGGUGGAGAGAGGAGUUCUUGAGAUACAACUUGAAUGUCUUCCUCUCACUCAAUGAUAACAACACUCUCCUUUUCUCCCUCUCUUUUUUUCUUUUUCUUGUUAUGCUACUUUCUCGAUCAUCCACCUCGAAACCUUUGUAAAAAACCAUUAUAUUAAUUGUAUGUUGAUACAGUCAUUUAAGAAUCAAUUUCAUGAACCAUUAUAUUGCA